CUUUCCCAUAACCCAGUCUGGCAUAACAUCCAUACACUCCAUUGGAUAGAAUCUUCGACCGUUCAGUACUAGAUAAAUCUAAAUCCAUACGGCAAGAGCCCCCAUUCAACAUCCGUCGCAGGAAUGUUUUGAAGAACAAAACCGUCUCCGAGCCGAUCCCGUGAUCGGAAUGAGCCCUACGGUGGGCAUCGGAUGGACCGACCAGCUUGGAUUGAUAUAAGAUCAGAGCUAUAUCAGAACCAUUUCGUUUGGAAAACUAUUCUAUCAAUCUCGUAUCCAAGGUCUUUUUCUGGAUACUCGCGUCAUGUCUCUGUCAUCUUUCACGAAUGCCCUGGGCUCUAGCGAUGGGAGUCCAGAACGGGUCUUGCCUGCGUCGUGGUAUACAUCCCAGGAGGUGUACGAAUUCGAACGACGGGCCAUUUUCUCCAGAAACUGGCUGCUAACCACGCAUAAGCGCCGCUUAGCCACCACCGGGGACUUCGUUCGUGAUGAGAUCGCAGGCUUCCCAUUCAUCCUGGUGCGGGACAAGGAUGGCGGGAUCAAUGCCUUCCACAAUGUCUGCCGACACCGCGCCUUCCCCGUGGUGACCCAGGAGUCCGGUACGACGCGUAUCUUCUCCUGCCAAUAUCACGGCUGGUCCUACGGCCUCAACGGGAAGCUCGCCAAGGCGCCGGGCUAUCAGGACCUGGCGGGUUUCGACAAGAGCCAGAACGGCCUCUUCCCGAUCCAUGUCCACAUCGACGAUGGCGGGUUCGUCUGGAUCAACCUGGAUGCGGGGGAGAGCCCGGAGAUUGCAUGGGAAAACCGAUUCACGGGUCCGAAUCAGCAACAGCGGAGUGAGAACGAUCCGUUCGACGAGUACGAGUUCGACCACAUUUGGGAGCGGGAGGCGGCGUACAACUGGAAGCUUUUGGCAGAUAACGGCGGCAUCAUCCACGCCAACCUCCCGUCUGAGAAGGUCACCAGCACGGACUGGUUCCCAAACGCCUCCCUGACGGUGUCACCGCAUUGGUUCUGCAUCCAGCGAUGUGUGCCCACCUCAGCGACCCGGUGCGUCGUGCGCCACGAGGUGUACCGCAACCCGAACGCCAGCGACGAGGAUUUUGACCAGACCCACACGUCGUAUCAGCGGAUUAUGUCCGAAGCUCAGGAUCGGUGCGUAAACACACUAGAGGAACUAGCCAACAGGGACGUCGGGAACGGCGACCGGGAUCCCCUGGUGGAGCCAUGUUCGCCGGACUUUCAGACGCUGUGCCGGGAGUUGGUGGUGGCGCAUCACCGGCUCGAAGAGGCGGCACAGAAGGAGAUUUGGCCUGCGCGACAGCGACUUCCAGCGACAGCUUCGACGAGCCACGACGAUCUACAUUUUUGCUCCCGGCUGACGGCGUCGAACGAGGGCUGCGGAUCUCCGGGUCUGGCGGGAGGGGGUUGCUCGGGAAUGUGUACGUCGGCUGCCACCAAGGCCCUUGCGUACUAGGAAUGCGACCAGGGAGUGUUUGAGGGUGCUGUCUUUGGUUCGAGCUUCUGUCGUAGUAUUUUGGUCUGGCUCAGCCAAAAUCUAACGUUUCCUGAAAGACUGCCUGCGGGUAAGUGGGUCGGUUGUGGUUAGAUGAUAUUCCCCACCACUCAGUGAUGGUCUAUCUCAAUUGACUUUUUUUUUUUAUCACUCCGCCUUCCUCUUCGUACUGAAAAGAGAGAUUGUAAUUCAAACCAUCCCGCCCACGGAACCCUUCGUAUUGCUGUCAGAUUGCCUGGAUUAUCACCAGUAGGGUUCAAACCGUCCAUCAUCCGGUGGGUGUAAAACCAGCACCUAUCGUCCACACGAACAAAGCAGAUUGAUAACAAUACAAA